AUGGGCACCACAGGCCGGUCUUUUCGGGCCAUUAAGCCUCGAAAUAACCCUGGCGAGGGGAGCAGCGGCCAGCUACCUGGGGAGGAGCAGUGGUCGAGGACCUCCUCCAGCCGAUGGUCGAGUGAGAAGGGCUUCAACUGCCUGUCAAGAGUGUCAAAAAAGACGAACAAAGGUAGAGAUCCUGAAGAACCCACCCCUCUUCCAGUGUGCAGUGGGCAGCCGUGCUCUGAAUGUCAAACCCAUAUCCGAGAAUGCGUAUUCGAUAAACUCUCCGAUCGACGUCGGAAGGCCACCGCGAAGAAGACCCAAGAAGAGCUUACCAGUCUCCAAGAGUUUGUGCGUGAGCUGCUAGGAGCUCUAAGGAGUAGUGAUGGGACUCUCGCGCAACAUACGCUCGACACUAUUCGGGCAGGAGCAUCAGAAGACGAUAUUCUUGCCGCAAUCCGGCACGUCCAGGCCCAUGCGGCUCUCUCCGCAGAUCUAAGAUGGAGAAGGGAGUGGCGGCUGGCCAAUAUCUAG